AUGAACGAGACUGAAGCCAUGGAAUGCGCGGAAAAGAAUGAAGGAUACGAUGAUGUCCGAUUUGCGCUAGUGGUUUAUAUCGGCACACCGGUUGCUUUCUUAGGGACUGUCUUCAAUGGAAUACUAUUGAUUAUAUUUUGUCAUAAAAAAUCAUUGAAUUCACCUGAUUUUUAUUUAUUAUUUUUGGCGAUAUUUGAUAUGCUCAUUUGUGUGCUUUACAUACCCUUUUUCACUAUGGAUGCAUUGGCUAUUUAUUAUCAAAUUAAAUCACUUCAUCACUUGUGGCACACGUACGUUAUGCAAAUAUACUGUAUGAGUCGAUUUGUACAAUUCGGUGCCGUAUAUAUGAUGUUAUGCGCAACAUUUGAACGCUUUGUUUAUAUUUCCAGCAAACAAUGUCUUAGUUGGUUUAUUACUGAUAAUGGACGACUGAUAACUGCAAUUGUUACAUUGGUUAUAUCAUUAAUAUUCCGAUUUCCAACUUUUUUCGAUUACAAAAUAGUUUACCGCGCAAACUGCCCACCUUUUCAGGAUUACCUGUUUCUACCAGUGCUAAUGAGUUAUCCAUUAUACACGAAAUUUAAUUUUUACAUGAUGAGUAUUGUGCAAACAAUACUUCCAUUUAUAUUACUUACUUGCUUCAAUAUAAUUAUCAUAUAUUUAACUCAUAAGCGACUUUACAAAACUUCACAUGACAUGAAAUUUUAUAUGCUCGGAUUUACUGAUGUCAUCAGACAAGAAUCAAAAAACCGUAAAAUUCAUCAAGAAUUGAAGUAUGCUACUCGUACAAUGGUGGCGAUUGUGUUCACUUACUUAACUUGUAAUGUUUUUUCCGUUUUUAUUACAAAAUUUUACACUAUGGCAGCCGAUUUAGUAAGUAUUUUGGUAGUGUUAAACAGCUUAUUGCGAAUGACUGUCCAUAUGAUAUGCAAUCCACAAUUUCGAGAACGGUUCAAGCUCAUUUUAGUCAAAUUCAGCUCAUGUUGGAUACCUGUGGCUAAAAGUGACCAAGCGAUGAGCAAUGACAGUUAG